UUGAACGACACAAGUUCGUAAAGUGAAGUGACCGCGAACAGUACAAAAAUGAUUUACUUCGUAAUCUUGCUGGCAUGCGUAUUUGCCCUUUUAUAUUAUUAUUUUACAAGAACUUUUAAUUACUUUAAAGAUAGAAAUAUUCCUGGACCUAAACCGAUACCGUUCUUUGGAAACAUUAAAGAGUCCGCUCUCAGACGUGUGCAAAUAUCCACAAUUAUUCAAGAUGUUUAUAAUUCAUAUCCUAACGACAAAGUAGUCGGAGUUUUCAGAAUGACUACACCAUGUCUACUUUUGCGUGAUUUAGACGUAAUCAAGCAUGUAAUGGUUAAAGACUUUGAUCAAUUCGUCGACAGAGGGAUAGCUUUUAGUAAAGAAGGACUGGGACUCAAUCUUUUCAACGCUGAUACGGAUACAUGGAAAGUUCUGAGGAAUCGCUUUACUCCACUUUUUACAUCUGGUAAACUGAAGAACAUGUUAUACCUCAUGACUGAACGUGGUGACACAUUUCUUGAUUAUGUUGAAAAUCUACGUUCAAAAAAAUCUGAGCUCCCGAUACAUGUACUUGUACAGAAGUUCACAAUGGCUACUAUUUCAGCAUGUGCCUUUGGCUUGGACUUAGAUGAAGAUAUGUAUAAAACAUUGAAUAAAAUAGACAAGAUGAUUUUUACUCCUAAGUUCAGCCUUGAGUUAGACAUGAUGUACCCUGGUAUUUUGUUGAAACUUAAUAAUUCAAUUUUUCCAAAAUUUUUAAAAUCUUUUUUUAUUAAUCUCGUGACAACUGUUAUAAACCAAAGGGGUGGAAAACCAACAAAUAGAAAAGACUUUAUGGAUUUGCUUUUAGAACUAAGACAAAAGAAAACAAUUGAAGUAUCAAAAGGAUCGGUCGAUGACAAAGUAAGAUCACUUGAGUUGACCGAUGAUAUCCUUGCAGCACAGGCGUUCGUGUUCUAUGCGGCCGGCUACGAGACCAGCGCCUCUACCAUGUCGUACUUAUUCUAUGAACUGGCUAAACAUCCCAAGAUACAAGAUAAAGUUAUUGCAGAAAUUGACGAAGUUCUUAAACGAUACAACGGCGAAAUAACCUAUGAUUGCUUAAAUGAAAUGACUUAUUUGCAACAAGUAUUUGAUGAAACGUUAAGGAAAUAUCCAAUCGUAGAUCCUUUGCAACGCAAUGCAGAUAUGGACUAUGUAGUGCCAGGAACUAACACUAUAAUCAUAAAAGGACAAACUGUGCUAGUAAGCGUUUUAGGUAUCCACCGUGAUCCUCAGUAUUAUCCCAACCCUGAUAAAUUUGAUCCUGAAAGAUUUAAUGCUGAUAAUAAGAAAGACAGACACACCUGUGCUUAUCUACCAUUCGGAACAGGACCGAGAAAUUGCAUAGGAAUGCGGUUUGCUAAAGUGCAGUCUCAAGUAUGCAUCGUCAAAUUUUUGUCCAGAUACCGAGUGGAGCCAACCAAAAAUACUCCAACUGAAGUGAAAUUUGAUCCAAUGCGUGUAGUCCUGUUCCCCAUUGGAGGAAUUGAACUAAAUAUUUUGCGAAGAUAGAUUUUGUGAUUAAAUUUUUAUAUUUGACAAUGCUUUAUAGGCUUAGAUUCUCUGUUCCUGUUUUAAUUUCAUUGAAAAAUUAUGAAUAAAUAUAAAAACGUUUUAAAAAUCA